UCUUCCUUACAAGGCUAAAGCCAGAAGCUUUCCCCUGCGCCUGGGUCCCUUAAAAGCAGGAGAGCAGCCCCAAGGAUCCCGGUGGAGCUCAGCCAGGAUGUGCGGCUGACAGAGCCCGGUGGAAAGCACAGCAGAGAAGGGUGACAGUCACCUGUGAAUCCUAAACCAGGUGUCCAGUGAUGCAGAUCUUCUAAAGAAACAUGAAACCAAGCCCAAAAAGAAAUCACUGAGGGGGGAAAAAGUGCAACAUGAGAGCUAAAACGAAGAAGUGGCCUGUGGAGAAGAGCUGCUGGGAGCUCUGACAGACCUUGAGGACAUCUCCUGCAGAUUCUCCUGGCAGGCUGUGGCUCAGCCUCGCAGUCGGUGCGUGCAGAGCUGGGGGUUCAGCAGCCCAGCAUGGAGGUGCUGCGGCGUUCCUCAGUCUUUGCUGCUGAGGUGAUGGAGGUUUUUGACAGGUCUCCCACUGACAAAGAGCUUGUGUCCCAAGCCAAGGCUCUCUGCAGAGACUACAUAAACUCAAGGCUGGUCCAGGCUGGUGUCAGCUGGAGCAAACCCGAGUACAACGCCCCAGUGCCUGGGGGGAAGCUGGCCGAGGUCUCCACCAUACUGCUACGACUUGGGGAUGAGCUGGAGUACAUCCGUCCCAACGUGUACCGGAACGUGGCGCGGCAGCUGAACAUCUCGCUGCACUCCGAGUCCGUGGUGUCCGACGCCUUCCUGGCUGUGGCCACGCAGAUCUUCACUGCAGGCAUCACGUGGGGCAAGGUGGUGUCCCUGUACGCCGUGGCAGCGGGGCUGGCCGUGGACUGCGUGCGGCACGCGCAGCCAGCCAUGGUUCACACCAUCGUGGACUGCCUGGGCGAGUUCGUCCGCAAGACCUUGGUGACCUGGCUGAAGAGGAGAGGAGGCUGGGCAGACAUCACCAAGUGUGUGGUGAACACUGACCCCAGCCUUCGCUCCCACUGGCUCGUGGCUGCUCUUUGCAGUUUUGGUCACUUCCUCAAGGCCAUCUUCUUCGUCCUGCUGCCUGAGAGAUGAGUCUGAGUUGCCAAGCACAACCCCCUUGCCCCAUCUUCUCUCCCACUCCAGAAGCAACAAGAGGUAACUGGAGAAGUAAUUCCAGACUGGUAAUGGCAAUCUCUGAAGAGGAGGAAGAGAAGAGCUGGGACAAAAAAAAGGCUUGUUCUCCAUUCCCAUCCAGUGGGAGCAGAUGAUCAACCACAGUCUCCUGUUUGCAGCCACAGGAGCCUCUCUCACCAUGGAUCCUCCCAAGACUCUUGUUUCCCUGGGUAUCCUGCAUGCGUGGCCCAGGUGUAGCUGGGACUGUCAGAUGGCUGCUCCUCAUGUUGCAUGCUUCUGCUAGCCCCAGGCAGAGGGGAGGAGGAUGGGAAUAUUCUUUCAAAUGGGAUAAGAAAAGAGGAGAGGGGGAGAGUCCUUCCUCCACUCCAUGUGGUUUCCCUUUCAGACUUGCCUUGUGUUGAUUCUUGUUGUUUUAGUUGUGCUUAAACUCCAUCUCCUCCUUUAUCCCUGAUUCACUUCACCCACAGCAUGGUGGGUUUUUAAUGAGAUAAAACCAAGUAAUCUGUCAAGAGAUGCUUGUCCCUGCCAUGUCUUGGGGGUGAGGGGCAGGAUGGCAGAGCAAUGUGUGUUUUGCUGACCCCUCUUAGUGCCCUCACCCCAGUCAAACAGCAGAGCAAGGGGCAAUGGCUCCAAGCAGCAGCUCAGGAUGGAACUUCAUCAUGGAGAAAAAUGCUUUUUCCACUGAGAUUCUGUCAGACCUGAGCAUGUAAGGAGGAAAGGCUGGGGGGUGUGGGCAGAAAUAGGGAAGCAGCAAGUGAGCUGGCUGGCAUUGUGAAAGCAGUGAGCUGUGCUGAAAGUCGCUGAUGUAUGUUUCUCCUUUAAUCUCUUUCAAGUACAACUCAGUAGUCUUCUUUGUGGCAAACAAUAAAAGAAAAUAAGUGGUAUUUCACUGCUGCAAA